CAUGUGCUUUGGAUAGUAAUAAACAGACUUUUCUAAAGGAAGGUAAACAAUGUACGAUUGAACGAUAUUGGUCCAAUUAUUCGCCAACGAAAUUCAGCUGAUGUGGGUGCUUCUUUUGGAAGCUUGUGCAAAUGGCGUUUCCUUUCCUUUAGAGAGCGUGGCAAUUAGAUUGAAGUGUAUGUAGGGAUGGAUAAAUGUGGGAAAGUGUAUUUCACCCCUUUGAAAAAGAAACUGAGUUGCGCUCUGUGUUACUUCCCGUUGCUUAUAGAUGCUUUAAUACGAACUUAACAGUUGAGAUUUGAUUCUACUUCUGCACAUGUAAACAAAACUCGCAUCAUGGAGUCAAUGUGUAGCAUUGCGCGCGUAGAGUGAAAACGCGUUUUUUUCUGGUUGAAGUAUUGAACUGUUGUGUGACUAUCGGCUCUUAUCGUGUUGAGUUAAAGUGACAUUAGUUGGUGCAAGUAAUGCUUACUUUCGGUACGUCAACGGACGAAGAAAAUUUAGUGUUAAUGCCUUAAGAAAUUGCUGAGGAGACUACGCAAUCUUCGAUGCAAAAGAUGAAGUAACUCCACCCCUAUAUUGGCUAUACACGAUGACAGACGUCAAGAGGAAUGGAUCGGGGAAGAUAUAUUGCCAUCUUUGCAGAUGUUACGAACGUUAUCCACGUCAGGUGCUGUGGAAUAUUAGUUCAAGCAUGCAUUGUUAUGAGACAAGAUUUGGUGGGAAGUGUGCAGCUGAGGUAACAUUACCAUCAGCAAAUCAGAAAAAUAACCACUGUGAAGAACCUCGUAGCUGCCAGCCCAAACAGUUGGCUUCUUGUGAACAACCAACGGCAGAAACAGGACACCAUCUGAGGUCUCGAAGCCAUUUCUGGCCCCAGGCUGGUUUGGUCGCAACAACUGCUGAGGAAAAGGCUCCAGAUUCAAGCUCACAUCCGCAACCGGCAAGAACAACUAGGGAUGCUGAAGAGACAGUGUCCCAUCUGGCCACAGGUACACCUGCUCGUAAAAGAAAGCGUUUGACUGCUGAAGAAAAGCUAAUUGAGGAUAAUAAAGCGUACUACAAGUUGGAAAUGAAAAACAACAAACUUCGGUCAAGUGGUUACUUUGUCACAAGCAGAAGUUCUUUUGAAAUGGGUCACGCUUUUGUCAAGGAGGCUGAAGUGUCGCCAGUGAACAUUAGUAAACAAUAUUCUGGUUUGGUUAAUUGUAGUGGUGGUCAUAAAAAUAAUUAUGAUCAGAAAAACUUUGAGCAUAAAAACAUUGAACAAAAAAAUUCCAGUGAAUGUGUUACUAAGGACAAUCAGGGAGAUGAAUCAGAAAGGUGCAGGCUACGAAGUUGUCGAAAACCUGAGAGUGAUUGCAGUAACAGUCUUGAUAAUAUUGAGAAUAGCAUUAAUCAUAAUGAGUGUGGUGUCAUUGAUAAUGAUCAAGGCAAGAGUAGUUCAUGUGAAACUAAAAAUAACAACCUGCAUAAAAAUAGCAUUGAUAACAAGAGUACCAUCCGCAAGACUAUAGAUGGUGGGAAAGAAACAGAUUCCCAGUGUUUCACUGUGAAUGAGUGUAAGGAGACUGAAGAGAAGAAUGACAGCUCUAACAAGCAAGCCAGCUGUGAGUCUGAGGAACAGCGGGAAUCGAAGACCGAAAGUUCUGGGAGUGGUCCAAGCCGAACAAGGAUUCGGCUUUCAGAACUUUCCCUGUUGAGCAAUGAAGCAGAGAAUUUCAUGUUUGGCGAGCCAGUGAAAAAGGUUUCAUCAAAUGAAUCUUCAGAUGAUGAAUGUGUGGCACUUAAACUGAAAAUUGUCAAGAAAAGUAACAAUGGUGACACAAAAGCAAAGUGGAAAGCAAAACGAGCUGUUGGUCGCAAAAAGGGACGUCGUAUAUACAGAAAAGUGCACAGAAAAGUGAAAGUAACAACCAGAAAAUCAAAAAAUGGUAUUACUUCUCGUGGUAGGAAACGACGCUUGGCUAGUGUGCAUCAGUUUGAUGACAGUUCUUUGGGAUCAGCAGAUGCAUGCAGUGUUGGAAGUACUUCGGAUGCAAAUACACUUUCUGGGAGGCACCGAAAGAGGCGUACACAUGCUGAAGCAUUCAUACAUGACAAUUUAGAUUAUUACAAGUUUGAAAUACCUGGAUCUCGGUUACGUUUCCAAGGUAGUGUGCUGCCUCAGAUGAAUAUCAGCGAGACUCAGGGGUCAGAAACAGACAGUAACUAUAAUAAAAAGUCAAGUGAAAAUAGUCACACAUGUGAUUCAAAUAAAGAAAAUAGCUUAAAUUCAUCAGAUAGUCAGUUGGUGCAAUUUAAUGUAAAAUCUCUGGAAGCAAUAAGGAAAGGAUUAAAUGAUAAAUUGAAUGCUGAGAAUGAGGUAAAGAAUACCCCUGAGGCAAUCGUUGAAACAGGUGUUAAGAAAGAGGAGUCCAGUGACAAAAAGAAUGGCAAUGAAUUAGCUACAAAGGAUCUGUCUCUUGAUAGACUGCGAUUUUCUUUUGAAGCUGCGCCGCAGGGAGAGCCGUGGUACCAAACAUAUCAGAGACAAGAUACUGGAAAUGAGAUUUAUCUCUCGUGUCCAAUUGACACAUCAUUCUGGAAAUCUUUUCUGCUUCCGUAUGAAAUGUCCCCAACUGAAUUAGCAGCUGCUGCAGCAAGUAGUAACCUUCCUUCUUGCACCAGAUCAAUUGACACACCAGUUUCUUUUAGAAAAAAGAAGAAAAGAUUUGCACAUUUGCUAGAUAAGAAACCUAGAAAGUCUCCGCGCUGUCAUGCUUCUACAUUGGCUAUACUGUCAAGUCUUAUGCAUUUCAGAAAACGUAAAGAGCCAGACAAGUUCAAAGAGGAUACACCACCAGUGAAAGAUGAUGGCCCAUCAUCAUCCGAUGAUGUUGUUAAUGAAGAUGUGCAAAACAAAGAUGAGCGAUCAAAUACUUCAUUUUUGGGAGAAAUGUCAACUGUUGAAGGUCCGUCGGAACUGAAGAAAGAUUUUAGUGAGCUUGCUCAGAAUAUUGAUGAAAUGCUGGAAUCUUUUCCAGAAAGCAGUGGAAGCUGUAUCAGUGCUUCUCCAAGAAAUACAAAUGACAACAGUGAAGUGAAAUUAAGAACACCUCGAUCUAGUCGUGUCAUUUGUAAGAAACAGAGCAAAUCUCAGAGAGAGAAAUUUUCUAAGAAAUUAAAUCAGCUGCCUUUAAGAGAGUCAGAUCUAAUUGAUAUUGAUCAUUCUGUGUUGGCCAGUUUAGCAACAAUGUCAAAAGAUACCAUAGACUGCAUUCCAAAGGCUGAAACUUGUAGUAGAGGUGGUCCAACAGUGGAUGUAGUUUCAUUACUCAGUAACAUUACUGACUGCCACUGUCCAGGUCCCCCUGUAAGUAGCAAGGAUUGCCUCAGGUGUGGUGUAGACAUAUUUUGUCCAGCCAUGAGAGAGAUGUCAUGUAACAGUUCUGAAUGUGGCGCCUCAUCUACAUGUGAUACAAUUGCGUAUUCUGAUGUUCCAGAAGGAAGACAGGGUAUCCGUGGCAAGCGGAGAAAGAGGAAAAAGAAUCGGACAGGGUGGCCUGUGGACAAACAAAAGUUUAGGAGGAAAUUCUAUUUGAGGUUUAAAAAGAGCAAUGAAAAUAUCCCUGUGCAACAUUCUGAUAAUGUUCACAAGCAUGACGGGGAAGAUUUGUGCAAGCCUACAGAAUCUGAAGUUCCAUUAGAUGUCAGUAUUAAUGCAGGUUGUUCUGGUAGCUUAGGCAUAGACACUGAAGUGCAAAAAUAUCCUGACAAAGCUGAAAAGAUUGAAGUUCCAGAACGCUGGGAGAGGAUAGAGGACGACGGUAUGCAUAGCACAUGUACCCCACUGGGUAACUCAGUUUCAAAGGGUGAUUUAGUUAGUUCUGCUUUGGUGUCCAGUGAAUCCAGCCAAUCUGAUAAAAAAACUGAUAAAGAUCCUUCAGAAAAUGUUCCUGUUACGUAUAAUGUGAGGCAUGAAAAACAUAGCAGACUUCUACGAACUGGAAGUUUAGACUCCAGCACUUGUUCAGAGCUAAAACCGUGUGUAAAAGUCAAAAGAAUUCCUAAUCUUGCUGAAUAUCAGAUAGUACCUACAAUUAAAAUUGGUAUAUCUAACAGGCGGCUACGCAGUGCCUCUUCCUCAUCGUUAACAUAUACUCCUGUUACAAAAAUGGAUUUUGUAGAUGACAGUAUCAAAGAUGAUACUGUUAAUAACAGAAGAUCGUGCCGGAAAAAGAGAUCAAAAUUUUCAGAUAGUUGGGACACUUGGUUGACUCCUAAUCGUAGAUGAUUUGGGAAACAUGUAAUUUCCAUUUUGUGUUCAUAUCUUAUUAAAUUGUAUAAAAGCUGUGUGUUGGAGACUGUUGUAAUUCAGAGCCUUUUGUGUUUUGGUUUUUAAAUGUCUUGACUGUGCUGAUAUAUUUAUAAAUUGUACAUAAAGAAAAUUUAUUUGUACAUACUUAAUAUACAUGCAAAUUAAUUUGUUGUCUUUUAUAUAAUUUUUUAGUUGUAUUUUAUUAUGUGUGCUGCUGAGUUUUUUUAUCCAUAUGUGUCAUGCAGAUACUAUAUUUAAAUUUUAAUAGAUACAUAUUUUAAGUGACUUCCAUUGUUAAUCAAUUUCAGACACUGCAUAUUUCCAGAUUGAAACAAAAUUAAAAGCUGUAUCAAUCGUUGUGAUAGAUUGUGAAAUAUAGUAUUGAGUCUUGAUAUAACUUCAGAUAUUAAAUUAAGAUUUCUACAAGAAAUAGUGAUUUUUAUUUAUUUAUGCAUUUUGUUUCAGGGGUGGGAAACGAAAAGAUUAUUUUCUUGGGGGAUGGGUGGCUGAUUUGCUUCAUUAUCCAGUAAACUGAAAUGAAAACUGUAAUUCUGCCCUUAUUUCAAGCAGAUGUAUUUACCUUUGUGAAAUCUGUUUCAAAUGGUGUACAGCAUUUACAGGGUAAUGGUGUUUCCUUGGGAAGCCAGUCUGACAAAGUUGAUUUUUAAUACAUGUGUAUGGACGACAGCUAGACAUGAUUAUUCUGUUUGGAUACAUGAAUUACUGCAUUUAAUAGCUUAUUUAUUUCAUAUUUUAGUGUAUAAAGUACAAAGCUCCAUUUUUAGAGAGAGAGAGAGAGAGAGAGAGAGAGAGAGAGAGAGAGAGAGAGAAAUGCCUUUAAUUUUUGUUACCUUUAAACUAUGUUUUUCACUAAAUGAGAGAUUUAAUUCAUGUGGACGUCCCAUUAAAUAUAGUUUGCGAUACAUUUUUACGUCUGUUUACCUCUGAACAGAUUUGUUUAUUUUAAGAAAUAAUUUUAUACUGAAGUGUUCUUUAGUUUUCUGCAAUUUCUUCCUUAAAAAACAUAGUGUUUCUUAUCAGUAUGAAAUAUCUUUCCAAAACACUCAACUGCUUCUACUGUGUAUUUCUCCAAGAAAACGUACUCCCAGAUGGUAAUGAUUACUUACGUUUAUAAAACUUUCUUUCUUGAUGGAUUCUUCUAUUGCUUUGUGGUAGAACUGCUGUAUAUUUAAUGGUGCAAAGCUUGUAAACUAAGAUUGCUCUCCUAUCAGAAAAAGAACAAUUUGCUUGCUUUCUGCCAUUAAAAUAUUAAAGAAAGUUGACAUCCUGAUGCUUUAAUUUUGAAAUGUUCCAUCUGUAGUAUAUUUUCAGACAGCUGUUGUGAUAUGUGAAUAUGUACUCAAAAUUACUUUGUAAGUAAAGAAGAUUAAGGUUUACUGUGCUGCAGUUUGGACGUUUGAUCAAAGUAUACAGUUGAGUGUGAAGGCCUCACUUUUCCUUUCUCCUGUGUACCGAGGCUUGUUCUCUUGCAUCACAAAUUAUGCUUGUUACUGAAACAUAUUUGAGAGAAAACUCAAACCAUGUGACAUUUAUUUGAGGUUAAUUGUGAUACUAAAUAUAGCUGUCAGUGGUAAGACCUUUCUGUGCUCUUUCAAAAUGUUUGUACAAGUGGGAAUUUUUCUUCACAAAAUGAAAAAUACAUUUGACAAUGCUGCUUGAGAUGUAAGGAUCUGUGUUAUAUUUUUUCAAACUUAAAGCUGACUAUUUUUAGAGCCUUCCUUUAAAACUUUUUAAUGUUGUUGGGGAAUUCACUAUCUGCAGUCUUCUUUAAGAUGUUCUCCACCAAUCUUUGUCAGUUACGUGUAGUAGAGUUAAUAAUGUGGCCAUUUCAUGCAUUUACAUUUUUCAGUGCCAAAUCCAAACCUGUGUGGUUGGCAUACCAGAUGUUAAAAAAACUGCCAUUGGAUAGUGCAGCAGAAACAUAUUGCAUAAAGGUGUAUUAUGUGAUCAUUUCUGAGCAGUUGCUACCCAUGUUGAGAAUGUAUCUAUGUUCACUUCUUGUGUGAAGAAUGCUUUAGAAUAAUAAAGUUUCCAAACAGUGCUGUUCAGAUAUUGUUAAAACUUCGCCUCUUCAUCUUUGACUUUUUUAUUCAGUUGACAUUAUUGUUUAUCACCAAAUAACAACUGCCCUGAACUGGUCUGCUGUAAAUAGCGUGUGGUUAUGCAAAUGGAGACUUUAGUGGCUUCUUACUUAAACAGCACAUACUCAAAUUUCCAGCUGGAUUAGAAUGUUAAACUUGUAAAGUGUUGACUGUAUUAUUGAAAGUCGUUUCAUGAAUUGGUUAACUUUUAGCUGAGUGUAAUCUUCAUUGUGAUAAGUUUGUUCGUAGUGUUUAUUCUGAAGAUGAAUAAGAAUGUUGAUGUUCCAUAGUUGCAAGUUUCUGGCUGAGAUUUUCCUGUUGUUUAUUUUCAAAGCUUACCUGUGGGGAUGCAGCAUAAGGAAGAACUCCAGAACUUCUCGUAUUUCAGGAAUUGAUUCACAUAUUUGCCG